GAGCGCCCCGGUAGAAGCGUGCGUUUGGGUAUCUGAUAAAGGAAGCUGACUCUAAGCGUUGAUUUCUGUAUGGUGCGAUGGACCAGGCAAGGUCAACAAUAUCCAAAAUAUUCAAUGGAGAGCCGCGGUCUUACACGCGUUUCAGCCUCACGCAGAACAUGGAAGGAGAGAACAGCCAGGUGGAGAUGAAGCUCUCGUCAGACAUGGAUGAAGAGGUAGGGGGCAAUGGAGUUGGGGAGCACCUUAAUCAUACACGGCCAUCCAACGCCAGUACACUGAGCCAGCGCAACCCCAGAAAAAUCUGUUUCAUUUUCAUUACUGCUCUGCUGGUUUUCACUAUUGGUUACCUGAUUGGUUACGCGUCGCACCAGAAAACAGAUGUGUCUCCAAGCUGUACUGACGCUGAAUCCAAACUGAUAGUGGAUUAUGACAGUGAUGGCGUAUCCGAGAUGAUCGAACCUGUGGCACCACUGACCUGGGAGGAUCUUACAUCCCUUCUGAGUAACAAGCUUAGUGCCACAAACAUUGAGGACACCCUCAGUGAAUUCUCCAGCAGCAGUCAUAAAGCAGGUUCUUCUGGAGAUGAAGAUCUGGCUUACAGAGUGAUGAAGAGGUUUGAGGCUAAUGACAUGGAACCCUGGACUGAUCAGCACUUUGUCAAGGUUCAGGAACCCCCUCUCUCUGGCAACAGCGUGACCUUCCGUGGACGCAGUGUUGGACGUACUCUAGGCUAUCUGGCCUACAGUGCACCAGGAACUGUCGAGGGCACAGCUUUGUAUGCUCAUUAUGGACUGAAAGAUGACCUAACACAGCUGCAGCAGCAUUUCAAUAUUGAUUUCGCUGGAAAGGUUCUCUUGGUCAGAGCGGGAAGAAUAAGUUUUGCUGAGAAGGUUGCUAAUGCUGCUAGUGUAAACGCUAGUGCUGUGUUGAUCUAUCUGGACCCUGCUGACUACAAAGUUUCGCCUGAUGCUGAUCUGUAUGGCCACGUCCAUCUUGGCUCUGGUGACCCAUACACCCCCAGUUUCCCUUCAUUCAACCACACUCAGUUUCCUCCCAUUCAGUCUUCAGGCCUGCCAACCAUUCCUGCACAGACCAUCACAGCCAGCAUGGCUGCUUCGAUAAUGAGGGACAUGAAAGGAGAGCUCCCCCCUAGAGGCUGGGCAGAUGGAGAAUUAAACGGGGUUGAAUACAGGAUUGGCAAUAAUGAUGAUGAGAUCACUGUGGAGGUUAAAAAUGUCUUAGUUGAGAGUAAGAUCCACAAUGUGUUCGGCGUCAUCAAAGGCUUUACUGACUCAGACCGUUACUUGGUGAUUGGUGCACAGAGAGAUGCCUGGGGUCCUGGUUUUGCAAAGUCUACUGUGGGCACUACCUUGUUGGUUGAACUAGCCAGCGCCAUCACAAAAAUGAUCAAAGAUGAUGGAUUCAAGCCCAGAAGGAGUAUAAUAUUCGCCAGCUGGAGUGCAGGAGAAUAUGGGAGUGUUGGUGCCACUGAGUGGUUGGAGGGAUACUUGUCCUCUCUGAGUGUGAAAGCUUUCUCCUACAUAAGCCUGGAUGGAGUUGUAAGGGGCUCUUCCUCUUUCAGAGCAACCGCAAGCCCACUGAUGUAUAACCUCAUUGAGAACACCCUGAAAGAGGUGUCCUCACUAGGUUCCCAGGACACAACUCUGUUUGCAGAAAUACAGUCAUCGGAAUGGACAAAAGCUGUUAUGAGACCUAUGAUGAUAUCUGAUCCUGCCUACCCAUUCCUGACCCUCUCUGGUAUCCCUUCAAUCUCCUUCUGGUUUGGCGAGGGUGAAAAGGAGUACCCAUACUUUGGGACGCAGUAUGAUACCAAAGAAAAGCUUGGCGAGAUCAUGUCUUACAAUAUUGGCAAGGUGUCUAAGACAGCGGCACAGAUAGCUGGACAGAUGGCUCUGCGGUUGGUGCAUGAUCAUGUGCUGAGGCUGAAUGUUGAAAUGUACACCACUGUCAUUCGCAAACACGUGUUCCAACUCACCAGAAAAAUCAACAGUCUCAAGACAUCUGGCCGUCUGCCUAAGACUCUGACGGGAGACUGGCUGAUAUCAGCCCUGGGCUCCUACAGCCGUGCCUCACGUAACCUCCUUAACACCAUCCAAGGCAGUGACCUGGAGGAUGCUGAGCAGUGUCGUGUCAUCAACGAUCGCAUCAUGAGGGUGGAGAGGGAUUUGCUCUCGCCUUACGUAUCUCCCCGGGACAGUCCAUUCCGUCACAUACUGGUGGGCUCUGGCCCUCACACGCUGUCGGCUCUGCAGGACCACCUAGAAGCAAUAAAACAAGACUCAAUAACGGCUGACGUCAACCGGUUCCAAGUUGACUUGGCUCUGGCCACUUGGACCAUUCAGGGCUGUGCCAAUGCAAUCGCAGGACCUGUGUGGGCAUUGAAUAAUGACAUUUAGAAUAACUGGUAAAAACAGACCUGUUGGUCAAGAGUUUAGUUAGACUCUUCACAACUGAUUCACAAUUUGAAUGUCAUCAGGUUUAUGUCCCCCAUAAUAUGGAUUGCGCUCCCUGAGACUAGACUGUAAGUAACUGUUCUGUUCUCUUUGAGACCUCUAAUACCUUUUCCAAAUUAAGUACCUUAAGACAGACUUUGAUUUGACCAACAUUUAAUGCUUAUUAUCACUGAUUACAAAUGGGGCCUUCACAUCUUUACACAGGAAGUUGGUAACUCCUACCCCCGCACCCCACCACCCUCCCAGCCAAAAAAAAGGGGGUUCCGUUACUGGGGAGCACUUUGAAAUACUGGUGGUUUUUAUGAUAUACAAUGUAGAAACAGCCAAUAUCAAGUAGCAGUAUUUUACAAGAUUAUGAAUGUAGUUGUUAAGUCGCUAUUAAGAGAUUUAGCACAAUUAGUGGACAGUGUGCAGUUUGUAAGCAUGUGCACUGAUUAAGAAAUUUGAAGCAGUUGAGGAGGUCACCAUAUGUUAUACAACUAACCUAAUCACAAAUUUGGGAUUUUGUUAUGGCUCUUUUUGCUAUUUUCUAGGAUAUCCAUUCUCAUCUUAGGAACAUAAAGAAUUGUGCUAAAUCAGACUCAAGUGAGAGGCUGAUGAAUAGAUCUAACACAGACACAGAUACACACACACACACACACACAC